AUGGUUGAAGAACAAAAGCAACUUUUCGACGCCAUCUUUGAUAGUAACGAGAGCGAUAGAGGUGCUUUUCGAUCGCCAAUGCCCUGUCACGUCUUAAAUUCAAGCUACAACAGAACUCCCUUUCCGAUUCAUAAUGGCGGUAUAGUCGCUGGUUCGGCCUUCUCUACUCCACCAUAUGGCGCGUUUCCUUCUCAAGUUCAUCGAGAGGUAGCAAGUCGGAUUCCUCCCUUUAUAGGAAAUCUAUUUCUUGCUCAAAAUUACCCAUACCAUUCUAAAUCUUUCGAUAAUCCAAGUGCAUUCAACUUUUCUCAACAACCUAGUAUUCCAAAUCUACUGUCAUCUCCGAACCUGGUGGAAUAUGGUCAUCCCUUUUUUUUUACAAACCAUAUGUCUCCCCAUAUGUCAACUCAUCUGUCACCAUAUAUGUCUCCUCAUCCAGAUCAUAGCUUCAUGUCUUCUUCACCUCACACUCCUCCCUCAUCAAAGUUUUUACGUCCUCUUCCAAGGAGACCUGAUAGUUCCCCACUUGAAUCAUAUGGUUUACGGACUGAAAAUUCCAGUCCAUUUUAUCCAACAAAUGAUCAAAAUAUCCAUCAUUCUAUAUCAAAUUGGUACUUGAGAUGUGUUACUCUGACAGAUAACAAAAGUUCUUUUCCACCUGGAACUGAUGUAUGGAUUAUACUCUCUGGUGUCCUUAAAAAAUCAGGUGGUCAAAAUCGUCGGUGGCAUUCAUCGCUCAUUCUUGAUCGGAUAGACCAAAAUUUAGUAAAAACUGAUAGGAACAAUUUUUAUAAACUUGAAGGAGAGAUAUCAAUUCAAGAUAUGAUAAAUAAUGGCUUUUCACAAGAAUUAUGUGAAAAAUUUCAGGGGGGAUUUCCCGAAAAUUGGAAAGAAAUUUUACAUGAUGAGUUUAAAAGUGCUUGGUUUUCGGACUAUAUUAUACCAUUAAAUGAAGAUGGGGAUAUGAAUGUGUCAAAUGAUACCACAAAAUCAGAUAUUGAUGAUUCUAAUAUAAUAUAUUCUGAAAUUGAGACUUCUGAUGAUGAACAUACUAACACAGAUAAUUCAGAUAAUUCAGAUAAUUCAGUUGUUAAUUCAGAUAAGUCAGAGUAUUAUUCGAAAUUUAGUAAAGAAGAUCUCGAUCAAAAUAAUUCUGAUGAUAAUUAUCCUAUUAGUAACGAGAAGCAACAAUUAGAAUUAAAUGAUUUUAAUGAUAGUAACGAAGAACAACAAUUAAACUUGAAUCAUUUUAAUGAGAAUGAGAAUAACGAGGAGUUACAAUUGGACUUGAACAAUCCUAAUGAGAAUAACGACGAGUUACAAUUGGACUUGAACAAUCCUAAUGGGAAUAACGACGAAUCACAGUUGGAAUUGAACAAUCCUAAUGAGAAUAACGAGGAACUACAAUCGGACUUGAACGAUCCUAAUGAGAAUAACGAGGAACUACAAUCGGACUUAAACAAUCCUAAUGAUAAUAGCGACGAACUACAAUUGGACUUGAACAAUUCUAAUGAGAAUAACGAGAAGCUACAAUUGGACUUGAACAAUCCUAAUGAGAAUAACGAGGAGCUACAAUCAGGGUUGAUCAAUCCUAAUGAUAAUAACGAGGAACUACCGUUGGACUUGAAUAAUCCUAAUGAUAAUAACGAGGAACUACCGUUGGACUUGAAUGAUCCUAAUGAGGAUAAAGAAGAGCGACAAUUGGGCUUGAACGAUCCUAACGAGAAUAACGAGGAUCUACAAUUGGACUUGAACAGUCCUAGUGAGAAUAACGAAGAUCUUCAAUUUGACCUGAACAGUUCUAGUGAGAAUAACGGGGAUCUACAAUUGGACUUGAACAAUCCUAAUAAGAAUAAUAAGGAUAUACAAUUGGACUUGAAUAGUCCUAGUGAUAAUAACGAGGAUCUUCAAUUUGACUUGAACUGUCCCAGUGAGAAUAACGAGGAUCUACAAUUUGACUUGAACAGUCCCGGUGAGAAUAACAGGGAUCUACAAUUUGACUUAAACAAUCCUAAUAAGAAUGAUAAGGAUCUACAAUUUGACUCGGACAAUCCUAAUAAGAGUAACAGGGGUCUACAGUCUGACCUGAACAAUCCUAAUAAGAAUAAUGGAAAGCGACGAUUAGACGCGGAUGAUUCUAAUAAAAAUAGCGGGAAGCGACACUUGGAGUUGAACACUUCUAAUAAUAAUAAUGGAAAGCGACAAUUGAGUUAUAAAAAUUGGAAUAAGAAUAACGGGAGGCGACGAUUAGACGUGGAUGAUUCUAAUAAAAAUAAUAGGAAGCGACAUUUGGAGUUGAACGAUUCUAAUAAAAAAAAUAAUGGGAAGCGACACUUGGAGUUGAACGAUUCUAAUAAAAAAAAUAAUGGGAAACGACACUUGGAGUUGAACGAUUCUAAUAAUAAUAAUGGAAAGCGACAAUUGAGCUCUAAAAAGUGGAAUAAAACUUCUAAACCAACAAAAUCAGAAGCUGUUACAAUAACAUCUUCUGGUCGUCGUAUCCGUAGACCAGGUUCUUGGUGGAUACAAUUCAUUUCAAAUACAUCGAUUAAUAGCCUUCAUGCUAGCGAUUAG